AUGAAGUUCUUCACCGCCCUCCUCGCCCUGGCUAUCACCGCCCUCGCGGCCCCUCAUAAUCCCAACAACAACGCUGACAUCUCCGCCCGCAACGGCGGCGGCGAAACUUGCACGUUCGGCACCUACCGCUGCACGACCCCCAACACCGGUAUUGAGAUCUGCAAUGUCACCAACAAGUGGGAACUCGUGGGCGACUGCCCGCAGGGCACGGAGUGCACCAACCUGGCGCAGAACGGCUACGAGCUGCCCUUCUGCACGACCAAGCCCAAGACUAUCGACUCGCGCGACCCAGGCCACCACGGCGGUAGUGGCAGCAGCGGCGGCUGGUGGCCUGGCAGCUGGUGCCCUACCCCCGGCCGCUAUGAUUGCUUGGGCUGGGGCGCCAUCCAGGUCUGCGAUGUGACGCAUAUUUCGCGGUUUGUCGGGACGUGCCCUGCUGGCUCGCACUGCGCAUAUCUGCAUGGUAUUCCAUACUGCGUUGCGAACUAA